CACCCUGCCACUCACGAGAACGAAAGGCAAAUUCUAGAGAGAAGGAGAGGGAGAGGAAGAAGAAGAAGGAGAAAGGAGAAGGAACCGGGUUAAGGUUAAGCAACUGCUACAAUUCUUGUUCGGAAACGGGGUUUGCGUUAUUUGUGAUUGGGCCUACCAGCAGAAAUCCGGAAAAGCCACUGUUUGGAUUGGAUAACUUCCUCUUUAAUUCACGCUUUGAGGAUUUCAAUUUUCUAUCCGAAUUCUCCCUUCUGUGUUCGUAUCUCACAGGUACUCUGCUUCUGGAUCUUCCUUCGCAACCUUUUUGCUCGGAAUUCUUCAUCCUCUGUUGAUAAAUCUCAUUUCCUUUGAGUUGAAUUUCGCACGGGGCAGCUGAAUUCUGUCAAGUAGGCGGUAAUUCGAACCGGACUUCACAAAUUCUCGUCGGACAAUUCGCACAGAUUUUGAUCUCUUAAACAAGGUCCCGAAUGCGCCUCGAAUCAUUAGGGCGGCGGAUCUAAGAAGCAGCUGGAGAAUUUAAUUAUCUGAUUCGUCAAAUUUUGGCAAAAUCUUUCGGAGAUUCUGUUGAGUUUUGCGAUUCCGGCCGCCUUAAAGAGGCUCCGUAGAGGGAGAUGGAGUUGCCUCAACCUAGAGCUCUUGGAACAGACGGCAGAAAGACAACGCAUGACUUCCUUUCUCUAUAUUCACCUAUGGAACAGGAUCCGAGACCCCGCCAAGGAGGUUACCUUAGAACUCAUGACUUCUUGCAACCAUUGGAAGAGAAUAUUGUUGGGAAGGAAGAAGGCAAGCUUGGAGUCCCAAUGGUUGAAAAGCUUCCAUUGCUGGCACAUCCUCCUUCCACGGAACAUAAUAACCUUCCAGGUGGGAUUGGGACAUUUAGCAUUUCUCAUUUGCAAGGGGUUCCAAAGCCAGAGGGCAGCAUAUAUACUAUGACCCAUCCAAGUAGUACUGAUAUGAACGAUGAAAAUUCAAACUCCAGUUCGUAUACGGGGAGUGGAUUCACCCUUUGGGAUGAAUCUGUCAUGAGCAAGGGAAAGACAGGGAAGGAGAGUUUUUCAGGAGAGAGACAUGUUCUGGGAGAAACCGGUUUGAACACUGGAGGACAGCAGAGUGCAAUGAUGGAAUGGCCAUCACAAUCAUCAUCCAAUCAUAGGCAUAGCUCAAGAACCUUUAGUUCCUUCUCAUCCUCUCCACAAUUGACUGCUCAAAACCACCAGAGCUUCCUAAAUAUGUUAGGGUCAGCGAGAAGUGCACAAGAUGAGGAUGAGGAAGAAGAAGAGGAAGAUUUUGUCAUCAAGAAAGAGCCAUCAGCUCACCCAAAAGGAGACAUAUCAGUUAAAUCUGUUGGAAAAGGCAAUAAUCAGAAGCCAAAUACUCCGCGCUCCAAACACUCGGCAACAGAACAGCGGAGAAGGAGCAAAAUCAAUGACAGAUUUCAGAUGUUGAGGGGUAUCAUCCCACACAGUGACCAAAAGAGAGAUAAAGCAUCAUUCUUGCUAGAGGUCAUCGAGUACAUUCAGUUCCUACAAGAAAAAGUGCAAAAGUACGAGGGAUCAUACCAAGGCUGGGAACAUGAACCAAUAAAGUUUCCAUGGAGCAAAUGCCAAACGGGGACUCAAGGUUUCAUGAACCAUUCACAUAUGACGAGUAAUAAUGCGUCUGAUCCGGCCCUAAUGUAUGCUUCAAGAUUCGCUGAUAUCAAACCAGUGAUAUCUCUUAUCAACGGACAGAAAGCAGAACCAGAAGCAAAGACGUGUUCGGUAAAAGAUACUAUUAGUCAUCACCAACCUGUGCCCCUACCAUUCAAUCCAAACGUGUUCCAUCAUUGUGGGACCAGUAAGGUAGCAGCAUCACAGCCGUUGCCUAAACUGACAUCAGAUAGAGAUAAACUGUCAUCACGGCAUCAAUCUCAAUUUCCUCCUCCACUCAACCAUGUUGUCUCAAGCAACAAAACAAAUGAUCAGAACCUGAAUAUUGAAAGUGGUACGAUCAGCAUUUCAAGCAUCUAUUCACAAGGGUUAUUAAGUACUCUCACGCAAGCACUUCAGAAUGCUGGUGUGGAUCUUUCACAAGCCAGCAUCUCAGUUCACAUUGACCUUGGUAAGGGAGCAAAUGGCAGAUUGAGUUCUUCUCCCGCGUCCACAGGCAAGGGUGAGGAUGUAUCCACAAGCAACGAACCAAAUCUACGACCCAUAGCUACAAGUGCAGAGCCGGAGGAGGAAUCUGGGCAAGCCAGGAAAAGGAUAAAAUCUAGCAGAAACUAAGCUGGAAAAAAAGCAUUCAUUUUGUAAUUUUUUUAUUCAUUUUUUUAAUUAUUGAUAUUAUUUUGGAUUCCCUUGCUGUUCCUUCAUAAGGAUUAAUCAGAUACUGGCAUUUAAUAUAUAUAUACAUAAAUAUAUAGGAAUCUAUUCAAACGAAAUCGCAAACCCAAUGUACAUGCAUGUAAUAUUGUAAUGUACUCUUCAUUAAUGAUUAGUUAAUAUUUAUUAUGCUAGUCCUCAUCCUUAAGGAUCGGAGGAAUUUUAGUUUUUUUUGGCUGU